UUCAAACACACUGUGUACAUAAGAAUUCUGUCAUACGAGACAUCAGAACAAACCAGAUUAAAAGAAAAAUAAAACUACAGUAAAAAGUCGCAAAAUAAGAAGACGGAAGAACUCGGACCGAGCAACGUAAAGAAAAAAGUCAGAUUGCUUGUCGACGGGGAUCACAUUUCAUUUCAUAACAAGGCGCUUUGUGAUUUAAUAAAUCUGUCAUUGACUGUGAUUGGCGUUUUCCCUAUGAAAAGUCUGACAUGCUACAAAAAGUGAAUUAAUUGCCCCCCUGUGGGGAUUUAAAGUGUCGGGGGUGGACCUACCAGUUCCGUCUUGUCGGUACAGUCGAGAGAGUGGGAGAGACGACUACCUGGGCUAUCACGGAGGGACGGGAAACCCAGGUAAUUACAUCAUCAUUACCCAGAUUAAGCGGUGCUCCAGAUUCACUAGGCUCUGUGAAUUACUGAGACAGACAAGGAUUUAGGGGUAGCUGAAAUCUUCAGGGUGCCAACCAGUGACAGAAGAUCGAAGCGAUCAGCUAGCUCAAGAAACGCCGAGAAAAAAGUGGAAAGUGGACUAUCUCUACCAUAAACAGAAUGGUGAGAUCUCUCGGAUAAUGAGUUUAAAAUCCAAAAACUUUAAACAGCUGAAGAAUUUAGAGCGAGGAGUAAUUAUUUUCUCAGCACAAUACUGGUAUUGUCUGCCAGGACUAUCUGAAGAACAAUGAACAAGAGGCUACAAUGUGAUAUAUGAAUAUUAAUGAAAACAGGAGAACUCCCUACAAAGAAAAAUAAGCUGGAUAUUAGAGGAACGAUAAAAGGUGACAACCAUGAAACAAAAGAAGUUAGAAGCAAGUUGUUCUCGGAGACGGAAUUUAAAACAAACACGGCCAAGGAGUCAGAAUUCCGAGUCUGAGGACGGCCCUACAGAAGACAACAAAAGCCACGCUCCCUCAAAGACAGAGUGUAUUGUAGUACCCGCCGUCACUCUGGACAGGGACACCAGUGAAGGAAAGGACCCCGAGAUUACAGAAUGUGACGAAUCGGAAACAAAUGGCUUGGAAGUGAUUAUUAAUGGAAAUACUGAUCCCAAAGAUUGUGAAGAAAUCGAUAGUAAAAUCUGUGAUUCUGAUCUUAUGAUAGAUAAUUCUGUUAAAAAUGAAAAUGGAAAUAUCAAUACAGAAAAACUGAAUAGUGAAGAAAAUAAAAAAGAAGCAGAAAGUGGGAAUAUAUCACAAACAUUGGAAGACUUCAGCACAGGUAGUGAUUUCAACGAUAAGACAGGGGAGACAAAAGAGAAAUCGGAAAAUGUUCGUGAAACCGACAAAGAUCAGGACAUUGACUCAGAUGCUAUUGACAAACAAAAAACAGACAAGGACAUAAAAACUGAAAUGAAGGGAACAAAAACCGAUUUACGGACGAUAGAGGAGGAGAAUGAGGGACGAACGGACGCCGGGUCGGAGAGCAGCGCAUCCCGGAAGUCGACGAAGAGGGACCGGAACUCACAGAGGAGAUCAAUCAGCGCCAUGUCUACUCCCAGACACGCUUCCAGUAGGCACUCCUUCUCCUGUGUGGAGGGGAGACAAUCUCUCCUGGGGGGUAACCGCGUCCCCCGCAGAUCCCAGUCGGCCCUAGAACGACCCAAGUCCAAAUCACGCGCGUCGCUGGGCGACCCGUUCAGGUUUACAAAAGCCGAGCUGGAGUGGUACCUACCCCGGAAGAGUUUUUUCGACUGUCACGACAAGGCCUUGAAAGAAGCGGGCGUGGAGAGUGCUGAGACAACAAACCGAAAGGAACAAAUGAAGCAGAGGGUGGCUGAAAAGAUCAAGAAAGAGAAGGAUCUAAGGGAAAGGCGGAAAGAGCUAGAGAACCCUAAGCCAGAGGAAACAAAGACCGAUACUACUUCAACUCAAGAAGACAGCCAAUCCAUUAACGCGGACACAAGGAGCGAAAAAGACGCAGACACCAAGAGUGAAAUUGACAAGUUCGAAACAGAAGAUGAUGUAGUGAUAGCAAAGCUAGAGGAGGCACAGACAUUAAUCAGCAAACCUUCACCCUCUAAAAAAGUGUCGCGUCACAAGAAGAAAACCCACGACUACGACGAAGACGAGGUUCGCGUGGACUACCAGCCUCUUCUCCAGUAUCUCAAGUACGUCCAGGAACAUCCCGACGAGUUCCACGCCCACCGUAAACAAAGCAUCCAGCAGGAUCACGUGGGGUCCAGGGCUAGCCCGUGGAUCGUCAGGCUAGCAGAGAUAACCGAGAGGCGAAACAUGACCACGGCCCAGUGUCUGGUGACCAAGAGUGUGGUAUUGGAGGCAGCGCGAGACAUACGGCCACGGAUGACCGACCCGGGCCAAUGGACCAUGUCGCAAAAGGAGAGGGCGUUGCUGGGAAACUUGAAUCCUGGAAAAGGAAAUCUGUUUGCCGCGGUGAAGCAAGACUUGCCGACUCACGACUCCCAGAACCAAGAUGACGGAAAGUCGGACUUUGAAAAGGAGAAAGCCAAACUGGAGAAGUGGCUGAAAACCGUUUCUACUGCUGGGUUGAUAAAAGCUAAGGAGCUGGCGCUGCGAGAUCUUGGAGAAGAGGAUAUUUACCAGAGCAAGUGGUGGUCGUCUCUACAGACCUGCUCCUACCUCCGACAGAAGGGGAUCAACUCCACAUAGACCCCCUGUAUGUGUUGUAUCUAUAACAAGUCCGACAGAAGGGGAUCAACUCCACAUAGACCCUCUGUAUGUGUUGUAUCUAAAACAAGUCCGUCCAGUGCAUUUAUUCAAAAGAUAUUGCAUUAAUUUUUUUUAUAUUUUUA